CAGAGUCUUUGAGGGAACUGCUCCUUUCUGAGUCAGACAAGGCCCAGGAGCUGGUCAGAGACCAGAAUACCAACAACGCAUCUAAGUAAGACCAUGGCGUUUAAGAAAAUUAACUACCUUCUCGUCUUCUACCUCAGUUUCUCACUGCUCAUCUGCAUAAAGAAUUCCUUUUGCAAUAGAAACACCACCAGGUGCCUGUCAAGUUCUUGCUCAAACAAUUCUAUAUGCAAGGGUUUUUCACAAGACAACUGCUCCUGUUCUCAUUCAGCCAAUAAUGUGGACAAAGACUGUGUGGAUGAGAAAGAUCCUUGCUUCUCAAAUCCCUGCCAAGGAAGUGCCAUGUGUGUGAGCACCCCCGGAGAUAUCGGCUUUCUGUGCAAAUGCCCUCCUGGGUACAGUGGGAUGACCUGUGAAACUGCCACCCUUGCCUGUGGUGAGAGCUCCUGCCAGCAUGGAGGCACAUGCCAUCAAGACCCUGUGCACCCUGUCUGCAUCUGCCCUGCAGGAUAUUCUGGAAGGUUCUGUGAGAUAGAGCACAAUGAGUGUGCCUCCAGCCCUUGUCACAAUGGGGCUAUGUGUCAGAAUGGAAUCAAUGGCUAUUCCUGCUUCUGUGUCCCAGGAUACCAAGGAAGGCAUUGUGACUUGGAAGUAGACGAAUGUGUUUCAGAUCCCUGCAAGAAUGGUGCCGUGUGCCUCAAUGAGAUAGGAAGAUACACUUGUAUCUGUCCCCAAGAUUAUUCUGGUGUGAACUGUGAACUGGAAAUUGAUGAAUGUUGGUCCCAGCCUUGCCUAAAUGGUGCCACAUGCCAGGAUGCCCUUGGGACCUACUUCUGUGACUGUGCCCCUGGGUUCCUGGGCGAUCACUGUGAACUAGACUUUGAUGAGUGUGCCAGUCAGCCAUGUCUCCACGGAGGGCUAUGUGUGGAUGGAGGAAACAGGUACACCUGUGACUGCAUGGGUGCUGGGUACAUAGGGAUGCACUGUGAGACGUUGGUGCCUCUUUGUUGGUCAAAGCCUUGUCAAAAUAACGCUACCUGUGAAGACACUGCUGACACUUACAUUUGUCACUGCUGGGCUGGAUACACUGGUGCCCAGUGUGAGACGGACAUAAAUGAAUGCAAUAGUAACCCCUGCCAGUCUGGUGGGGAAUGUGUGGAGUUGUCCUCAGAGGAACUCUAUGGGCGCAUUGCUGGGCUGCCUCCUUCAUUCAGCUAUCCUGGAGCUUCGGGUUAUGUUUGUACCUGUCAGCCGGGAUUCACAGGAAUCCACUGUGAAAAAGACAUUGAUGAAUGUGCACCAAACCCUUGCCAAAAUGGUGGUACUUGUGAGAACUUGCCUGGGAAUUAUACUUGUCAUUGCCCCUUUGAUAACCUUUCUAGAACAUUUUUUGGAGGAGAGAACUGUUCUGAGAUCUUCCAAGGCUGUGCUUCUCACCAGUGUCUGAACAAUGGAAUAUGCAUCCCUCACUUCCAAAAUGGCCAGCAUGGAUUCACCUGCCUGUGUCCUUUAGGCUUUGUGGGGUCACUGUGUGAAACGGUCACCACACUUUCUUUGGAGGGCAAUGGCUUCAUAUGGCUCACAAAUGGCUCACAUCCAGCCAUGGGCUCUGUUUGCAACAUAUCCUUCAGGUUUCAGACUGUUCAGCACAACACACUUCUUCUUUUCCAAGGCAACAAGGACAUGUCUGUGAAGCUGGAGCUGCUAAGCGGCUGCAUUCACUUAACAAUUCAAGUCCACAAUCAGUCAAGGGUGCUUCUGUAUGUUUCCCACAACACCAGUGAUGGAGAGUGGCAUUCUGUGGAGGUGAUGUUUGCAGAAGCUGUGACCCUGACCCUGACUGACAGCUCCUGUAAGGAGAGAUGUAGCAUGAAGGCUCCAUCUCCAGUGGAAAGUGAUCACACAUUGUGUGCUUUUCAGAACUCUUUUCUGGGUGGCUUACCUGUGGAAAUGACCAGCAGUCAUGUCUCCCUGCUUGACAUCUAUAAUCUACCCUCCACACCUUCAUUUGUAGGCUGUUUCCAAGAUAUUAAAUUUGAUUUGAAUCGCAUUACCUUGGAGAAUAUUUCAUCUGGCUUGUCAUUAAACAUCAAGGCAGGCUGUGUGAGGAAGGAUUGGUGUGAAAGUCAACCUUGUCAAAACAGGGGACGCUGCAUCAACUUGUGGCUCAGCUACCAGUGUGAGUGCUACAGGCCCUAUAGAGGACCCCACUGUCUGAAAGAGUAUGUGGCAGGCAGAUUUGGCCAGGGUGACUCUCCUGGGUAUGCUGUGUUUAAUCUUCAUGAGAACAUUGGACAGAAUGCCAACUUCUCUAUGUUUGUCCGAACACACCGACCAUCAGGCCUACUUCUAGCUUUGGGAAACAACACUCAUCUAUACAUCAGUGUGUGGCUAGAACAUGGUCAAUUAGCUCUGCAGACUCCAAGCUCUCCCAAACUGGUAGUAAAAUUUGUUCUUAGUGAUGGAAAUGUCCACCUAAUACAUCUGAAAAUCAAGCCAAAUAAAAUUGAACUAUAUAAGUCUUCACAAAACCUAGGACUCCUUUCUGCUCCUACAUGGAAAAUCCAAAGAGGAGGUAUCAUCUACAUUGGUGGCCUGCCUGACAGGCAAAAGACUGCUGCUUAUGGUGGGUUCUUCAAAGGCUGUAUCCAGGAUGUGAGAUUAAACAAUCAAAAUCUGGAAUUCUUCCCAAAUUCAACAAACACAGCAUCCCAUGGACCAAUUCUUGUCAAUGUGACCCAAGGCUGUCCUGGAGAUAACAUCUGCAAGUCAAACCCUUGUCAUAAUGGAGGUGUCUGCUAUUCUCUGUGGGAUGACUUCUCCUGCUCUUGCCCUGUGAACACAAGUGGGAAAGCCUGUGAGGAAGUUCAGUGGUGUCAACUCAGCCCAUGUCCUUCCCAUGCCCAGUGCCAACUGGUGUCUCAAGGGUUUGAAUGUAUUGCAAAUGCUGUUUUGAAUGGCCAAAGCAGUGCAAUAUUGUUCAGAAGUAAUGGAAAUAUUACCAGAGAACUCACUAAUAUUACAUUUGGCUUCAGAACAAGUGAGGCAAAUAUGAUUAUAUUGCAUGCUGAAAAAGAUCUUGAAUUCCUUAAUAUUAGCAUUCAGAAUUCCAGAUUAUUCUUUCAAUUGCAAAGUGGCAACAGUUUUUCUCCAGUACAUCUGACAAGUUUACAAUCAGUAAACGAUGGUACCUGGCGCCAAGUGACUUUUUCCAUGAUCGACCCACUGGCCCACACCUCCAGGUGGCAAAUGGAAGUAGAGAACCAGGCACCUUUUGUGAAUAGUGCAGUUUCUACUGGAAGCCUGAACUUCUUGAAGGACAAUACAGACAUCUAUGUGGGUGACCCAGCUAUUGACAAGAUGAACAACCUGCAAGCCUGUCUAAGCACAAUAGAAAUCGGAGGCAUUUAUCUCUCGUACUUUGAAAAUGUUCAUGGUUUCACAAAUAAACCUCAGAAAGAGCAAUUUCUCAAGGUCUCUGCACAUUCAGUAGUUACUGGCUGCUUACAGUUAAAUGCCUGCCACUCCAACCCUUGUUUGCAUGGAGGAAAUUGUGAAGACAUUUACAACGCUUACCAAUGUUCCUGUCCCUUGGGAUGGUCAGGGGGACACUGUGAACUCGACAUGGAUGAGUGCUUUUCUAAUCCCUGUAUCCAUGGCAACUGCUCUGAUGGAGUUGCAAGCUACACGUGCAGGUGUGAGCCUGGAUACACAGGUGUGAACUGUGAAGUGGAUCUAGACAACUGCCAGGGUCAUCAGUGUGCAAAUGGAGCCACUUGCAUCAGUGAAAUUGAUGGUUAUUCUUGCCUCUGUUUUGGAAAUUUUACAGGAAAAUUUUGCAGACACAGCAGACUCCCCUCAGCAUUCUGUGGGAAUGAGAAGACCAAUCUCACGUGCUACAACGGGGGCAACUGCACAGAGUUCCAUGCUGACUUAAAGUGCAUGUGCCAUCCAGGUUUCACUGGAGAGCGGUGUGAGACAGACAUCAAUGAGUGUGCCUCGGAUCCCUGCAUCAAUGGAGGCCUGUGCCAGGACUUACUCAACAGAUUCCAGUGCCUGUGCAACGUGGCCUUCGCAGGGGAGCGCUGUGAGCUGGACUUGGCUGACACCUGGCUUGCAGGCAUUUUCACCACCAUUGGCUCAGGGAUUGUGGCCUUGUUAUUCAUCCUCUUGCUGGCUGUCAUUGCUUCUGUUGUCGCCUCCAACAAAAGGGCCACUCAGGGCACGUACAGCCCCAGUGGUCAGGAGAAAGCAGGCCCACGAGUGGAAAUGUGGAGCAGAAUGCAGCAGCCUGCCCUGGAGAGGCUGAUUUAGGAGCUGCUGACCCUCUGAGAAGGAGCCACACAGCUGAACGUCCUCACAGGACUCCAGCAACUUACAUUCUCAGAGAAGCACAUUUACAGCUCUAUCACACUGGAACUGUGGGAAGGAUUUCCUCGAUCACCUUAAAGAUUUUCAUAUAAAUUUGACUUGCAUCACUGUUUGUUAUAUUAGCCGAUCAUAAACACUGUCUCUGUGCCAUUAGUUUCAGCCUCAUAAUUAGUGAAAGUAUCUCCCAGUAAACAGAAUCUUUUGGAUAAAAGUUCAGUGAUUUUCAGUUAGCAUCUUUAUUUGACAGCCUAGAGAUAGUGUUUAGCAGCUAACUGUCAUUUUUAUAUGGAAACUACAAUGUUCUGCAAUCUUUCUUUUUAUUUUUUUGA